AUGCCUAAUUUUCUGUCAGUGCCUAGGAUAUCUGAGUCCGCCAACGAUUUAUAUUCCACCCACCUUCGAAAAGCAGCGCAGCAGUUUGUGCCGUUAAAACCUCCAUUCCCAGAGGCGUUUCUGUGGCAUGUAUUCCACAGCGUAGCAACAGCAUUGCUCUACUGCGUGCAUGCCCAUGAAGAACCAUAUUGGAAAGCGAGCUGGGAGGAGAUCAUACACAAGGAUGUGAAGCCAGGAAACAUUCUCUUGGGUGCGGCGCCGUCGCGCGACAGCGAGGAGCUCUAUUCGAAUUGCUAUCUAGGGGACUUCGGUUUGGCCUACACCAUCCCCAACGAGGAUGUCCGCGCGUACAAGAAGGGCUACCCCGGGAAAGGAAGCUCUGAAGUCUACGCGGUGGGCGAAAUCGGACCAAAAGUAGACAUCUACUCUCUCACCCUCUCCAUUCGCGAGGCCAUCGAUAAUGCGCUGAUCAUCUACGCCACAGACGAAAUGACUACCCUCCGCAAACUCCCCGAUGGUGAGAAAUAUCUCCCCUAUUCCCCUGACCUGAUUAAACUCUGCCGCGCAGGUAGAUCCAACUGGACGCACAAACGACUCAAUAUCUACUCCCUGUGGAAGGCGACUGGCGAACAGGCGUGUAAGUGGAAAGCGAAAGUUAUGGAGAAUAGACGGCUGGCGUUUCAGUACAGAAAAAGUGCUACGAUGGGAUGGUGUUGCUGGAUGAAGAGAGCUCGGGAAGGACAUCAUGAGGAGGAAUGGAGGUCACAAAGAGGGGGGGAUGAGUGGGGGUGGGGCGACGGGAGUGAGACGAAGCCUAGUGGAAAUGAUGAAGCAUUGGCGGAUAGGAAUAUCGCUGGGUUGUCGACGAGAAGAGGAGGAGGAGGAGGAGGCCUGGGGCUGGAUGCUGCGUCUGAAGGGGCGGAACAUAGGGGAAAUGUGAGCUGCUGGAGUGGGUAA